GGAACUGCAGUUGCCAAACUUUUGACACUAGGUGGUGUUGGUAUUUGGUGGUUUGUUGAUAUUAUUUUACUCCUUUCUGGAAAACUUUUACCGAACGAUAAAUCAAAUUGGUGUGAAUAUUAUUAACAAAAAUGUCUGUUGAUCCAGAUGAACAAAAGUCACUUUCAGAACUUUUUUAUGAGGCUUUUCAAAUUCACACCGACAUUGAAAACGCUUCCGAUCCCACAAACUCAGAAGCGAAUCAGAUUUCAAUAAAACGAGGGAUUAAAUUAUCACAAAUUGUUCAAAGUCGAACUGAUGAGCUUCGAUUGUUUAGCACUAAUGAAGAAGUCGGUGAAAUAUCAUCAAUAAAUCUAAAGUAUUUACUUUCACCUUCUAUUUGCGGCGUUUUAACAUCUCUCGUACAAACCGCCAGAGAAGAAAGAAAAUCUUUAUUAAUUUCCGCUGAGAAACUCAUUUUCCAAUUUCUUGAUAGGUGUAAGGAUUAUAAUAUUGGCCCCAUAAAAGACAUAGAAAGAUGCUUAAAUGUAGACGAUUCAAAAACUGUUAAAAAUAAUCCUCGCGAUUUAGCGUCAAUGAAUGCUGAACGAGAAGCAAAAAUAGCGAAAUUUAAAAGAAACAAAGAGCUUGAAUCAAGGUUGAAACAUCUGAAAUCAUCGUUGCCAGAAAAUGACUCAGAAUCAAGCAAUGUUGAUGACGAAACUUUACGUAAUUACUGGUUAGCGGUAAUUGAAAAAUGGAUUGAUAUUUCUAUUGAAAAUAUCGGAAAUAUUUCACAAGAAAAGGAAAUUUUAAGUUUUUGGGAAAAUAUGCCGGAUAAAAAUAAUCCUCCCGUUCCUGCCCCAUCGACUUCACGAAACAAUAAAAAGCCACAAAACUUCAUUCUCACAAGAGACAAAGCACAAGCUGCUGUAUUCGGGGCUGGAUACCCCAGUUUACCUUCUAUGACUGUAGAACAGUAUUUUGAGUCCCACGUAGCCGCUGGUACUCUACCAGAUCAAGGCAUAGGACCAAGUUCGGGGGCAAAUGGGCAACAAAAUGGAGAAAACUCAUCGGAUGAUGAAAGUGACGACAAGUUGAAAAAGCAAAGAGAAUUUGAUGAUUGGAAAGAUACUCACAGAAGAGGGGAUGGUAAUAGAAUGAACAUGGGAUGAAGUACAAUUACAUGAACUUAUAAACUGUUUUGCGCUGUAAUUUGUUAUUGUCACAGCAGCUCUUCACACUCUAGUGACCCCAUGUAACUUCGCUCAGAGAUAAAUGUCCUGGGACUGUUGUUGCUUUAAGCAAAUUUCAUUAUAAUCAAAAGAAAAAAACGAUUGAUCUAUACUAGUGCUUACUAACCUAUGUCUUGUGGCCCCCUUACGGAUGGUUUUAGCACUCAUGGCCCCUCUGUUUAUCCUUCCAGUGAUAUUUAUAGUGUUAUUUUGAUUGGUGGAUUUCAAAUCCCAUUAUGUUCAGAAAAUACCCUGCAAAAUAACCUUAUCAAGUAAUGGGACUAGGAAGAACGGGGAAUUUUUUAAAGGAAAAUCAGUUUUGCGCCUAUCAUCGUGGCCCGCCACUAACUGCUCUGUGGCCCUCUUGGGGAGCUGUGGGCCCCAGGUUGGGAAUUACUGAUCUGUUCUCUUGGCUAUGAUCUACAUUAAAUAUCAAAGUUUGGGCAUCAAAUUGGCAUGCAUUUCAACAUUAUUUCAUAAAACUUAUAACAGUUAAAAUUUCGUUGCAUAGCUAGGUUUUGAGUAUUUUUUAUGGCGUUUUUAUACGACUUUGAACAAGGCUUCGUACAAGCGGCCACUGUUAUGCCAAGACCUACUAUAUUUUGAGAGAAUCUUCAUGGUUCGACACUGCCUGCAAAAAACAGCAGACUUUCUGAUUCUCACGUAAAUUAGUGAAAAAUCCUGCUAUUCAAAUAUACAUGAACUUGUCUACAAGGAUUUUUAAACAUCUUUGGGCAAAUCAAGUAAAUUUGGGAAAAUCAGAUAUUGUUCGCCUUAAAUACAAAAUUUUGAUACAUUCAAAAUGAAUUAAACAAUGUUUGUGUUCUUCAGAUACAUGGAAUUAAUAUAAAUGUAUAUCGGUCAGUGCAGUGAAUAUUUUCUUCAUACCAAAAAUUUAAGCUGUCAUUAUUUUUCAAUGAAAUAUUACGGUAAAAAUUUUGAAUUGCAUCAGAUAAUUUUGUUCAAUGUAAUUUCAGACUUUUAUUGAAAUUGUGUAUUUUAAAACUUCAGACAAUCAAAACUAUGAUUUAUCGUAAUUUACAUAGUGCCACAAAAACUGAACCUUAUUUAUCUACGAAAAUGAAGAAUAUUCAUUGAUUAAAACACUUGAAAUUUUAUUUGUGUAUCAUUGUACCCAGAGGUUUCAGUAAUCUGAGAUAUUGAUGACAAAAGAUGUUUUCUCUAGAAUGCUUCAAAUGACGUGGAUUCUGUUUUUUUGUUGAGUCACCUUGUAUAAUGACAUCUGUUUAUUAUCGAUUAUCGAUUUUAAUCAGUUAAUUUUUCCAGUUUAUGAACCAGAAGUCUGUAAUCUGCAAUGCCAAUCUAGUUAAGUCUAAUGCUUCACCCACUAUGCUCCCAAGUUGGGGACCAAGUUCGACCGUGUCCACUUGAUUAAGACAAACUAUUUUGUAUAUUAUCAUCGACCUAAGUUCCCGUAAUGUUUCGUUAUCAAUUCUGUGGAAACACUAAAUCAUUAUUCCUUGUAAUUCUUUCAACUGUACUGUACUGCUGAUUUUUUAUAUUCCAUAGA